GCCCGGGGGGGGCCGCAGGGACCCCCUGACCCCGUGUCCAGGCCGCAGAACGGCUCGGUGAUCCUCUACAACCGCAAGAAGGUCAAGUACCGCAAGGACGGCUACUGCUGGAAGAAGCGCAAGGAUGGCAAGACCACCCGCGAGGACCACAUGAAGCUGAAGGUGCAGGGGGUGGAGGUAGGAGGCAGGCGACCCCCCAAAACAGAGCCUCCCCCUCCCCAAAAAAACGCCCUCCGGAAAGCGCCGCUUUGCGUGGAACCGGUCCUGUUCAGGUGUGGGGAGAUGGGGAUGCACCUGGGGGGGCUUCGGGGGGUCGGGACGCACAAAAGGGGGGGUCAGAGGGUGCUGGGUGUACUCGAGGGACAGUUUUGGGGUGCUGGGGACACCCAGUGGGUGGUUUGGGUGGUCCAAGAGGUGUUUGGGAUCCCCAGGGGGACGGAGUGGGGCGGGGGGCUGUGCGUGGCAGUUUCGGGGGGCUCUGGUGCUGAGGGGUGUCCCCCCCUGCCCGCAGUCCACGGGGUGAAGUGGGGCUGCGGGAACGGGGGCGCUGCCCCCGCGCUGUCCCUGGAGCAGCUGGUGCAGCACGUCCUGGAGAGGCACCAGGCCCGGCCGCCCCCCCGCACCCACGCCUGCCUCUGCGCCGGGGGGCUGGCCCCCGCAGCCCACGAGGCCGGCGUGGCCGCCCUGCGCGUGGCCUGUCCCCCCCGGCUGCUCUCGGCCGCCGCCCCCUUCGAGUACCGGGCGCGGGGGGCGGCGCGGGGCCCCCCCGGGGCACAGCUGGACUGGCUGGCACUGGACGAGGCUCAGUUCCGUCUGUCCAUCCUGGAGCGCCUGGAGCAGCUGGAGACGCGUCUGGGGGCCCUGCCCCCCCCGGCACCCCCACGGGGGGCUCCCUCCGAGACCCCCCCCGAGCAGGGGCCGGGCUCGUCCUUCGAGGCGCGGGUGGUGGCCAUCUGCGAGGCCAUGAUGGCCCGGCCGGGCUGCGCGGGGACGGCGCUGGGGACAUCGCUGGGCACCUCGGGGACCUCGAUGCUGGCGCACGGGGUGACCUUCCGUGGCAUGACGCUGCUGCACCUGGCGGCCGCCCAGGGCUACGCCAGCCUGGUGGAGGCUCUUCGGCGCUGGCGGGCGCUGGCAGUUGAGAGCCUGGAGCUGGAGCAGGAGAUCGACCCCCUCAAUGUGGACCAUUUCUCCUGCACCCCCCUGAUGUGGGCGUGUGCCCUGGGGCACCGGGAGGCGGCGGAGCGGCUGUGCCGCUGGGACCGGCGGGCGCUGGCCGUCCCCGACACCCUGGGGCGGCUGCCGCUGGCCCUGGCACGCGCCCGCGGCCACCUGGCCCUGGUCACCCGCCUCGAGGAGCUGCAGAUGUCACCCGUGUCCCCACGCUGUCACCUGCCCGGCCUGCGCAUCCCCUCCCCGCUGUCCGCCAGCCCCGACACAGGGCUGAGCACAGCCAGCAGCCUCUCGUCCCCAUCGGGGCUCUCCGAGGGUCCCGGCUCCGUCCCGCUGCCCCCCGGCCCCCCUGGCCCCUCCGAGGAUGAGAGCUGGGGGGUGGCAGUGCCCCCCAGCCCCCCCGAGGACGCCCUGGCCCUGCCCUCUGACACGCUGCAGGCCGAGGUGGUGACGCUGGCGCGACAGAUCAUCGAGGCCACCCCUGAGCGCAUCAAGCAGGAGGCACCGGGGGGGCCCCCGGGGGCACUGGGAGCACUGGGAGCAGCAGGAGGGACCCCGGGCACCACGGGGACCCCGGGGCCAGCGGGGCUGGGUGCUGCCAUGGCCUGGCUGGCCACCUACCUGGAGAGCGUUGACCGUCCCCCCGCGCCCGCCCACAGGUACCCCCGGGGGGUGACCUUCCGUGGGAUGACGCUGCUGCACCUGGCGGCCGCCCAGGGCUACGCCAGCCUGGUGGAGGCUCUUCGGCGCUGGCGGGCGCUGGCAGUUGAGAGCCUGGAGCUGGAGCAGGAGAUCGACCCCCUCAACGUGGACCAUUUCUCCUGCACCCCCCUGAUGUGGGCGUGUGCCCUGGGGCACCGGGAGGCGGCGGAGCGGCUGUGCCGCUGGGACCGGCGGGCGCUGGCCGUCCCCGACACCCUGGGGCGGCUGCCGCUGGCCCUGGCACGCGCCCGCGGCCACCUGGCCCUGGUCACCCGCCUCGAGGAGCUGCAGAUGUCACCCGUGUCCCCACGCUGUCACCUGCCCGGCCUGCGCAUCCCCUCCCCGCUGUCCGCCAGCCCCGACACAGGGCUGAGCACAGCCAGCAGCCUCUCGUCCCCAUCGGGGCUCUCCGAGGGUCCCGGCUCCGUCCCGCUGCCCCCCGGCCCCCCUGGCCCCUCCGAGGAUGAGAGCUGGGGGGUGGCAGUGCCCCCCAGCCCCCCCGAGGACGCCCUGGCCCUGCCCUCUGACACGCUGCAGGCCGAGGUGGUGACGCUGGCGCGACAGAUCAUCGAGGCCACCCCUGAGCGCAUCAAGCAGGAGGCACCGGGGGGGCCCCCGGGGGCACUGGGAGCACUGGGAGCAGCAGGAGGGACCCCGGGCACCACGGGGACCCCGGGGCCAGCGGGGCUGGGUGCUGCCAUGGCCUGGCUGGCCACCUACCUGGAGAGCGUUGACCGUCCCCCCGCGCCCGCCCACAGGGCCGAGGUGGCCUCGCGGGGGUCCCCGGGGGUCCCCGAGCGGCCUCCCCCCCCUUCGGCCGCGGGCUGGGCCGAGUUCCUGAACGCGUCCGGGGGGGCGCGGGGCGAGGGGGGGGCCGUGGCGCUGCUGACCCUCAGCGACCAGGAGCAGCACGAGCUCUACGAGGCCGCGCGGCUGGUGCAGGGGGCUUUCCGCAAGUACCGGGGCCGGAGGCUGAAGGAGCAGCAGGAGCUGGCGGCCGCCGUCAUCCAGCGCUGCUACCGCAAGUACAAGCAGUUCGCGCUGUUCCAGCGGAUGACGCAGGCCGCCAUCCUGAUCCAGAGCAAGUUCCGCAGCUACGCGGAGCAGAAGCGCUUCCAGCGGCGCCGGCGCGCGGCCGUGCUGAUCCAGCAGCGCUUCCGCAGCCUCCGCCAGCACCGGUGGGGCCCGGGGGGCUCCGGGGCCGGGGGCACGGCCCGCAGGGGUCCUCACCGUGCCCUCGUCCCCCCCAGGAGCACCUUCCUCACCCUCAAGCAGGACCAGGCGGCCAGGAAGAUCAUGAGGUUCCUGCGGCGCUGCCGCCACCGGAUGGAGGAGCUGAAGCAGAACAAGGAGGUGGAGAGUUUACAGACGCGGGGCCUGGCCUCGUGAGCCCCCCACGGGGGACCCCGGCGCGGGGGGAGCUCUGUCCCUGUCCCUGUCCCUGUCCCUGUCCCCCCCCC